UAUAGCGCACGUAUGAAUUUUUCUCGAUAUUGACUGCAUUAAUGAUGGAUGCUUGCGCAAGAUGUGGUCAUCAAGAUAUGAAGAGUCCUCGGUCCAUACAACCCGGGGAACCCGGUAUGCGCAUGUUCUGCAGAGAACUAUUUUCUACCUUCCAAAAGGCGAAACAUUUUAUUUAUAAGGGUACGUCGUCUAGACACAAUGCUAACGCCAGGUCGAAUUAUUCUGUGCUUGAUGCUAGCGCCCAAUAAAAUACCUGCAGUACCAUAGCAAAGGAAUUAUCCAUAAGGAAUCCCCGACAGCACGAAAUAUUCAUUAAAUAUAAAUCAAUAUUUAAUAAUAUUUUUA